AAGUGUUUGAUGUUAUAUUCUUCGCAAAAAGACUCAAGCCGCUUGCCUUCGAACUGGCGACCAUUAUCGGUGAUAAUCGAGUUCGGUACUCUGAAACGGCAAAUGACGGACUUCCAUAUGAAGUCAACAACUUUUUGUUCGGUUAUCAUGGCCAAUGGUUCGGCUUCAGCCCAUUUAGUAAAGUAGUCGACCUCAACUACGGCAAAUCGGACGCCGCCUUUUCCAGCGACUGUAACAUCCCUUCUUCACGUAUCAAGACAACACUGAUCGCCAAAUCACUAACUCCGAGGUACAAGAACAACAUUUUCUCGGGUUUCGGCUUCUGUAAUGUCGGAGGGGAAGCAAGAGUUUCCUUAAUGCUGGUGAGUGUGUUUUGGCAUUCUUCGGUCCAUUCAAAGUGUUUUACUUUCUUGAUUGCUUCGAAAAAAGGUUUGCAACGAUCUGUAGACUUAGAGAUGAACCGAUUAAGCGCGGCAAAUCGGCCAAUGGACGGUAAUUUGCAUCAGACUAGGAGAUCGGCUUUGUUUGCGUCCUCGGGAGUUUAUAGUUAUUUCGGUGUUGAUCGUCUCCGUGGUAAACAUGAACACUUCUUUGUCUCCUUAUCGGAUGCGUUUUGGCAUAGCACCUCGGUCUUCAUCCUCAUCUUCAUCAUAGGAUUCAAUUGGACGUCCCGGACCCUGUUUCUGGACAUCAGAGUUACGAUAAAACUUCUGGA